AUCAUUCUGCAGCUUUAUUAGAGGGAAGGCAGUAGCCAAGUGAAGCAGCUGGAAUCACACUGAAGUGACUCUGAACUCUGCAGAUCAUUUCAUUCUUCCUUCUGCUACAGAGCUCACAUCCCUGAUUUACAGUGCCUUUUGUUUCAAACAGCUGGGCAAGAAAACCACUCUGCAACAUGACAUUUGAAGAUUUUGAGAACUACUCUUAUUUCUACGAUCUGUCUGAGGAAGAUGAGUCACCUCAGUCUUCCCUCAGCAUUGCCCAUAUUAUUUCCCUUUUCUUUUACAGUGUGGCAUUUCUGCUGGGAGUGCCAGGUAAUGCCAUUGUCAUCUGGUUUAUGGGCUUUAAGUGGGAUAAGUCUGUUUCCACACUCUGGUUCCUGAAUCUGGCCAUUGCGGAUUUCAUUUUUGUUCUCUUCCUGCCCCUCUAUAUUACAUACGUGGCAUUGGGCUUCCACUGGCCCUUUGGGAAGUGGCUCUGCAAAAUGAACUCAUUCAUUGCACUACUUAAUAUGUUUGCCAGUGUUUUCUUCCUGACAUUCAUCAGCCUUGACCGCUACAUCCGCCUCGUCCACCCAGUCUUUUCCUACAAAUACAGGACUGUGAAGAACACCCUCGUUCUCAGCGGGGUCAUUUGGAUGUCAGCUGCAAUUAUUGGUGGCCCUGCCUUGUACUUUAGAGACACAGCUACAGUUCUCAACAAUGUCACCAUUUGCUACAACAACUUCCACGUGCAUGACAGAGAACUUAUUUUGCUGACACAUCACAUUCUCAUUUGGGUGAGGCUUGCGUUUGGUUACCUCUUUCCUUUAGUGACCAUGGUUAUUUGCUACUCGCUGCUGAUCGUCAAAGUGAAGAGGAGAACUGUAUUGACUUCUAGCAGGCUUUUCUGGACCAUCACUGCCGUAGUUGUAGCUUUUUUUGUCUGCUGGACACCAUACCAUAUAUUCAGCAUAGUGGAGCUGUCUGCUCACCAUGAUGAAAACCUGCACGACUUACUACAGGAUGGCAUUCCCCUCUCCACUGGCCUCGGUUUCAUCAACAGCUGCCUCAACCCCAUCCUCUACGUGCUGAUCAGCAAGAAGUUCCAGGCUCAGGUGAAGAGCACGGUGUCAGAGGUGCUGAAGCUGGCGCUGUGGGAGGUGAGCCGCUCGGGGACGGUCAGCGAGCAGCUCUGGAGCUCGGACAGCGCGCCCGCGCGCCACUGCGAAACGGCCCAGUGACCGCCCCGCCGCCA